AUGCACGCUCACGACUCUCAGAACAACUCCGGACAUGACAUUCCACGUUUCGUUAGUGUUCUGCGGCUGUUGAAUUUAAAACGAUUCCCAAGAACAGGGUCGCAAGUUGGUGAAGGUUGGAGGAGGCCGCGCUGCAAACUGCAUCGUCUCGUCACGGCUCCCCGGACGCCUCACCCCGCGGCGCCCCCCGCCGUUAUUGUAGUACGCCGUGUGGAUGCGGUGUGCGUGUGUCUGUUCCAGUCGACUGUUGUGCUGAGCACGAGGUUUUCAUUCGAGAAGUGCAUGCAGCCGCACUUUAUAUGCUCGUAA